AUGUCCCGUCUAUCUAGGGCUAUGGUCCCCUUGCUUGCAGGUGUCCUCGCGGGCGCCGGCCUCACCGCCGCUGUGACAACCUACGCCGUGCAACAGCCGCCCCUGACCACGGACUGGACGGACCAGGUCGGCACGAGCCCGUGGCCCGAGUAUCCGCGGCCGCAGCUGCAGCGGUCGCAGUGGCAGGGCCUGAACGGGGUCUGGCAGUACCGGAAUGCAGGCAAUGCGGGUGCUCUUUCGACGCCGCCGUUUGGGCAGGAUCUCGACACCGAGGUGUUGGUGCCGUCUUGUUUGGAGAGUGGGCUUUCUGGCCUUCAAGGCCAAAACCUCUUCUAUUCAUGGCUCUCUACAAGCUUCACUGUCCCCGACGACUGGCAGGGCACCAGUGUGCUGCUGAACUUCGGGGCUGUCGACAAUGAAGCGACGGUGUUUAUCAACGGGCAGAACGUGGCUUUCCACCGUGGAGGCUACUUUGAGUUCACGGUUGAUGUGACCGAGUAUAUCGACUUUGGGGGUUCUAACGAGCUGCUUGUCUUCGUCUACGACCCCACGGACACCUCAGGGACAAUGGUCCCUUUGGGCAAACAGACCCUCAACCCCUCGCACAUCUUCUAUCGCCCCUGCAGCGGCAUCUGGCAGAGCGUCUGGCUCGAGUCUGCCCCAGCGGAGUAUAUCUCCAAGCUGGACAUCAACGCUGACAUGGACGGCGAAGUAACCGUAACCGUCCACUCCUCCAGCAACAGCAGCAACCCCGUCGAGAUCUCCGUCCUCGACGGCUCGGACACAGUAGCAACCCACACCGGGUCCGCAAACACGCAGUUCACAUUCACAGUCGACAACGUCAAGCUCUGGUCCCCUGACACACCCAACCUCUACAACGUGACCGUCACGCUGGGCGACGACACAGUCACCAGCUACACCGGCUUCCGGACCAUCUCGAAGGGCGAGGUCAAUGGCGUGGUCCGUCCGCUGGUCAACGGCGAAUUCAAGUUCCUGUUUGGCACGCUCGAUCAGGGAUUCUGGCCUGAUGGGCUUUACACGGCGCCGACGCGCGAGGCUAUGGUUUAUGACUUGCAGGUCCUCAAGGAUCUGGGGUUCAAUAUGGUGCGGAAACAUAUCAAAAUCGAGCCCGCCCUCUUCUACCGCGCCUGCGACGAGCUCGGCCUCCUCGUCAUCCAGGAUAUGCCCUCCAUGCCCCUGCGGACCCCAAACGCAGCGCAGCAUGAAGAGUUCGCCCGGCAGCUCGAGCUCAUGAUUAACCAGCUAAAGCACUAUCCCAGCAUCUACACCUGGGUCAUCUACAACGAAGGCUGGGGCCAGCUAAACAGCCAGGAAUUCGCGCUGACCUCGCGCGUCCGGACCCUCGACCCAACCCGCCUCGUCGACUCAACCUCCGGCUGGAACGACCACGGCGCCGGCGACUACAGCGACAACCACCACUACGCAAACCCGCAAUGCGGCACGCCCUUCUACUCCAGCCCCAGCAUCGCCUUCAACCCAGAUCGCAUCGGCAUGGCCGGCGAGUUCGGCGGGAUCGGCCACAACGUCUCGAUCGGCAACCUGUGGAACGUCCAAGCCGCAAUCGACACCAUCGCGCAGACGUACGAGAUCGACGAGAGCCUGGAGAUCUGGAAUUACCGCGCGCAUGUGCUGCUGAGUGAGUUGACGGAGCAAGUAAGGCUCUUUUCGUGCAGUGCGGCCGUUUGGACGCAGACGAGUGAUGUUGAGGGCGAGGUUAAUGGGUUGCUUACGUAUGAUCGACGGCUGCAGAGGACGGAUGGGGAGCAGUGGAGGGGCGAUAUUAGGGGGUUUCCGAAAGCUCCCAGCUACAUACCAUCCAUCCAUACACUACCCACCCCCUCCUCCUCUCGCAAAGGAUCACUAAAUAAACCUCCCCUCCCUCCCCAACCACCGAUCCAUCGCAUCAAACGCCGUGCGCACCGUAUCCCCAAACUCGCCCGCGUACCUCUCACACGCCGUACACGUCUCAAUCGUAUGCUGCGCCCCCUCCACAAACGCAAUGCUCUUGUCUGCCACCUUGCCAGCAGCAAGAUAGAUCUUCUCCGCGUUCAGGUACUCGUAGUGCCCCGUGUUCCCCAUCGUCAGCAGCGGCACCGUUAUACCAGAUACACUCGCCUCCGGCGCCGUCUGCGAGGUGUUCCACUGCACGCCGGUGAUCCCGGUCGCUGUGACUGCGAGUUGCUCGGGGAGUAUGCGGAUCGCGAAUGUCGAGAGGAAGCGGCUGAUUUUUGCGUCCGCGAUCAGCAGGCCCUGAUCAUCCGUGUACGAGGCGUUCCCAGACUCAAUGGCCGCAUUGCGGGCGAGCGCAUCGUCCAGGAUCGAGUUCCAGCGCCGCGCAACGCCCCCGUAGAACAGGCUUACAAACUCAGCCGUGUAGUUCGCCCCGUUCUCCGUCCACCCGUUCCUCGGGCUAUACAGGUCCAGCGUCUCGUUGACGCCUCCGGAAUCAAUAGCCGGAUUCAACGAGAGCAGCGCCAUCGUGCUGAGCCCGUAGUUCGCGUCGAUCAGCAGCACCCCGUCGGCCGGUGGCAGGUUGGCCAUGGCGCUCGAGCACGGGUGGAUCUUCUCGGUGCCGUUGCAGGCGGCCGCCCCGUUCUCCGCGACGUCCUGGUACGCGGCCAUCAUUGCGCCGCCGCCGCUGUGGCCCCAGAGCACGACUUUAUCGACGGUGUCCAGGUCGCGGAGGAACUGUACGCCGGUCGCCACGUUCGACAGCAUGGUUUCGAAGUCGAGGUCGUUCAUCAGCCCUGUUUUGGACUGCGCGUUGUUGAGGCAGAGGGUUGUGUAGCCCCGGGCUGGGAGCUCGGAGCAUGGGUAGAAGGUUGUGUAGUCUUGUUCGGCGUGCAUUACGAGGAUGGCGAUGCGGGAUUUGGCGUUUGGGGUCGUGGUGGCGGGCUGGAAGAGGCCGCCGAUUACGCCUGUGCCGAAGGUUACGAGCGAGGGGAUGGGCAGGGACAUGUUGCCCAGGGAGGUGUGCGUGAGUUGGGUUGGCCAUUGGGUCUGGAUGGUGCUGGCAGUGGCAGUGGCCACGCUGCCCAGGAGGGCCGCGAGGGCGGAGCGUUUGAUGGAGGGCAUGGUUGCUUGGUUUGA